UAAUGGAUAAGCUAUAUAUGGGCGGCAAACAUUUCUAAAUUGUCCACAACAAUGGCCUUUCAAGAAAGAAUUGUUGGAUUUGAUUGUGAGUUUCUGGAGCCUCCGUCUGAAAAUCUCCAAACUGACUGUCCAGUUUGUCUCCAGAUCAUCAGAGAGCCCCACCAGGUCACAUGCUGUGGAAAGAAGUACUGCAAAGCUUGUAUCCAAGCUGUCAAGGUCAAAAACAAGCCUUGUCCAACUUGCAACACAGAAGGUUUCUCCAACUUCCCUGACACAGGACACAAGCAAUUGCUUUACAAUUCUAAAGUUCGCUGUAGCCACCAGAAAGACGGGUGUGAGUGGACGGGGGAACUGAGACAGCUUGAUGAGCACCUCAACACAGAUCCACAGCCAGAGAAACAACUCGAUGGAUGCCUCCUGACCACCAUCAACUGUGACUUCCACCACGUAGGCUGUGCUGUGAAACUCCCUCGACAAGACAUGCCAGAACACGUGAGUACAAACAUCCACCGACAUAUGUCACUAAUGGUUACUGGUCAUAUGACACUAGCCAGCGCACAUUCAAUACUGGAAAAUGAUCACGCUAAUUUGGAAAAAGAUCACAAGAAAUUGGCUGCAAGUCAUAUAUUGCUAACGAAAAGCUACGCAAAAUUAGUUGAAGAGCACGUUUUAUUGAACGGUUCCCACAAGAGAUUGAAACAAGAGCACGAAAGUUUAUCAAGUAACAGCGUACAAACAUUGUGUAAAUACGAAGAGCUGAAGGACAAUUGCGCUAAAAUCAAAACAGAUAAUCAGCAACUGAGAACCAAAAUAGAGGCUUUGGAAGGGUCCACAAGACCACCUCCCCCAAGACCCCCACUUGCUGAUCCUCCUAGGACGGAAACCAUACAUAUAGUACCUUCAGAUGCUCUAUUUAUGGAGAAAUUUGAGCAACACAAGAGAGGGAAGAUUUGGUGGUACUCCCCUCCAGUCUACACCCACCCUCAGGGCUACAAGAUCUGCCUCGGAGUGGUUGCUAAUGGCCACGAGGAGAGUAGGGGGACACAUGUCUCCGUGUUUGUCUUCUUCAUGAAAGGAGAAUACGAUGAUUUUCUUCCAUGGCCGUUUCGAGGCUCGAUUUUGAUACAGCUAGUCGACCAAAACGGACAGGCUAAGAAUACGUACACUUGUAUGUAUGAUGACACUGUGGCCUUAAAGUACUGCAAUCGUGUGAUCUAUCGUGAACAAGCUAUGGAGGGUUGGGGGUCAAAGAAGUUCCUUGCACAUAAUAUGCUAAAGAAACCUCUUUUUAUUAGAGAUAGAUUGAUUUUUAUAAUCAGUGGAGAAACCAGAGUGUGAACACUGUAGUACUGUCAUUACAUCGUUGUAUUUAUCAUAUUGCUGUAUUGUAUUGACAAUAAUUAUGAAUAACAUGAAUAAUAUCUAUUCAAAGC